AGAUGGAGCCCUGAAGCCAUAUUGAGGACCUGCAGUAGAGGUGGAACCCAUGACUGGCAGCGCAGUAAGCUUGAGCAGGGGGUACAUAGGACUCGGAUCCAACUGGGCACACAUCCUGGUCCCCUCUCUCUCUCCACACUGGGGUUCUGGGAGGGCCACAGGGGCAGUCAUGUAAUCUCUCAGCUAGCUUCCAAACUUGGGCUAGACAAACCACCAUUCCUUGCACUGUGGUGUUGAGUGUGUCUGUCUCGGGUCUGGGAUGCUCUGAUCAGUUGCAGGGAGGGGGGAAGCGGGAAACUUGGCUUCUAGUUUUUAAUGGCUGUUGGCUAUAGCCAACAUUCCCAGGACUCAAGGUAGCUUUCCUUAUGGCUAGCCUUUGCAUUACUCAGAACACAGUGAUAACAGCUGAGCUCCAAGCAAGGACCCAGGACCUUGCCUCACCACAGACAUAAUCUUUCCCCACAACACCUCCACCAAGCCGCCCUGUAAAUCGACAUGAGUCGCCACAGCACCAGCAGCGUGACCGAAACCACAGCAAAAAACAUGCUCUGGGGUAGUGAACUCAAUCAGGAAAAGCAGACUUGCACCUUUAGAGGCCAAGGCGAGAAGAAGGACAGCUGUAAACUCUUGCUCAGCACGAUCUGCCUGGGGGAGAAAGCCAAAGAGGAGGUGAACCGUGUGGAAGUCCUCUCCCAGGAAGGCAGAAAACCACCAAUCACUAUUGCUACGCUGAAGGCCUCCGUCCUGCCCAUGGUCACUGUGUCAGGUAUAGAGCUUUCUCCUCCAGUAACUUUUCGGCUCAGGACUGGCUCAGGACCUGUGUUCCUCAGUGGCCUGGAAUGUUAUGAGACUUCGGACCUGACCUGGGAAGAUGACGAGGAAGAGGAGGAAGAGGAGGAGGAAGAGGAUGAAGAUGAGGAUGCAGAUAUAUCGCUAGAGGAGAUACCUGUCAAACAAGUCAAAAGGGUGGCUCCCCAGAAGCAGAUGAGCAUAGCAAAGAAAAAGAAGGUGGAAAAAGAAGAGGAUGAAACAGUAGUGAGGCCCAGCCCUCAGGACAAGAGUCCCUGGAAGAAGGAGAAAUCUACACCCAGAGCAAAGAAGCCAGUGACCAAGAAAUGACCUCAUCUUAGCAUCUUCUGCGUCCAAGGCAGGAUGUCCAGCAGCUGUGCUCUGGUGCAGGUGUCCAGCCCCACCACCCUAGUCUGAAUGUAAUAAGGUGGUGUGGCUGUAACCCUGUAACCCAGCCCUCCAGUUUCCGGAGGCUCUUGGUGAAGAGCCCCCAGCAAGCUCGCCUAGGGCCACAAUAAAAUUUGCAUGAUCAGAACCUC